GAUUGAUUAAAAAACAGAUUCCGUGAACGAAAAUCAGGCGUGAUCCAGCUCCAAACGGCAACGCCAAGUCGCCGCAUAUCCCUCUUCAUAAAGGAAAAGGAAAAGGAAAACGUUUUUAACUAGCUGUACAGGUCUGUCUAGCAUAUUAGCCAGGAGAAAAUCGCCACGUGAGCGACACCCGAGCAUCAAAGUAUCAAAUCCAGGAAGUUAUUCCGUUAACUACUCAAAUAACAUAAGCCUAGUAUACAUAUAUACAGAAGCCAUCACAUAACUUAUAUAUUUCACGCCAAAAGGUUUUCUUGAUCUCCAUUCUCUGUCUCUGCAAUAUUCAAAGAUAUCUUCAUGAAUUCAACCUGUGCUGCUGCAUCAACUGUUUCCUGUAAAUCGGGAAACAAGAACGACUUCUUUUUCUGGAUUUUGGAUUGCUUGUUCCCUACUUUCCUUGGAACUCCUGUUGCAUUCAAAAACUUUCUCUUGUUUAAGGCCAUUGUUAGAUCUCCCUCUUCAUCAGUUUGCAUCUCUCCUUCUAUUGGAGAGAUUAACCUAUAAAAUCCAAAGUUGUUUUCCUCCCAUUUUCAAGAUAAGUUGUCUUCAUUAGCCAACAUGGUUUCCUCUAAAUUGACAAUGCCCUUCCAGAAUAAUUCACUUCUCCCAAUAGGACCACCUGAUGCUCUUCCCUCUGAUUAUGUUGAGUUUGAUUUUUCUGACGUAUUUGGUUCUGCUCCUUGUCAAGCCUCAACACAGAAUUUGGUUGUCGGUUCAGCGGCUAGUGGAUCGCUGUACGAGGAUCCUGCUGUCAUCUGUAGUCGAUCCCAUUCCUUAGUGGGCCCUUCAAGUCAUGUUAGUCAUCCUUUGAAACUCAGCAAACUCACAUUAUGUGACACAGAAGAAGAUAUCUUGGAACUCACAAACCCAGUUAUUGGAGAACCAAGAGGAGACCUUACAGAACCUCCCACUGCUGUAGGGCUUGAAGAUUUUGAAGUUCUGAGGCUUGUAGGCCGAGGUGGUUUUGGAAAGGUGUAUCAAGUGAGGAGGACUGAUACGUCAGAAAUAUAUGCGAUGAAGGUCGUGAGGAAAGAUGAGAUAAUGGAGAAAAAUAAUGCUGGAUACUUGAAAUCUGAGAGAGACAUAUUAACAAAAGUGGAUCAUCCUUUCAUAGUGCAACUCAGAUACUCAUUCCAAACUAAAUAUAGACUCUACCUCGUACUUGAUUUUAUUAAUGGAGGUCAUCUUUUCUAUCAGCUCUACCGCCAAGGCUUGUUUAGAGAGGAUUUGGCACGUAUAUAUACUGCUGAGAUUGUUUCUGCUGUCUCUCACCUCCAUGCAAAUGGAAUAAUGCAUAGGGAUCUCAAACCUGAAAAUGUUCUUCUAGAUGCAGAUGGGCAUGUGAUGUUGACAGACUUUGGCGUGGCAAAGCAGUUUGAUGAAAAUACAAGGUCAAACUCCAUGUGUGGAACUUUAGAAUAUAUGUCCCCUGAAAUCAUUCUUGGGAAAGGCCACGAUAAGGCUGCAGAUUGGUGGAGUGUUGGAAUCCUAUUAUAUGAAAUGCUUACGGGAAAGCCCCCUUUUAUUGGUGGAAAUAGAAAACAAAUUCAACAGAAGAUCAUAAAGAAUAAGAUUAAGCUGCCAUCAUUUUUGACAGGCGAAGCACAUUCGCUUUUGAAAGGGCUGCUGCAAAAAGAAGCAAGUAAGCGACUUGGUUGCGGACCAGGUGGAAGCAAGGAGAUAAAAAACCACAAGUGGUUCAAGUCAAUCAACUGGAAGAAAUUGGAAGCAAGGGAAAUCAGGCCAAGCUUUUGCCCAAAGGUUGCAGGUAACCUUUGUGUUGCAAACUUUGAGGAGUGCUGGACCACCAUGCCAAUCCUGGAUACUCCUGCUGCUACUCCAAAGUCCCAUGAUAAUCCAUUCAAGGGUUUCACUUAUGUAAGGCCUGCCUCUUUUCUUCAGACUCCGCCUUAGAAAGGUUGUACAAAGUCUUCCAAAUCCACUGCCAAGUUAGUGCAGAUGCAGUUGACUAUAUUGCUAAUUCAAGACCACUAUAAAAUCAGACUCUCAUACAAAAUUUUUCAUAUUUCAUAACCCAUUCUCUUUUAAAGUUAGAGUAUA